AUGGAGGAGGAGGAGGAGGAGGAGGAGGAGGAGGAGGAGGAGCGGAGGGGGGAGGAGAGAGAGAGAGAGAGAGAGAGAGAGAGAGAGAAAGAGAGAGAGAGAAACCCGAGGUCUGGUUCUGUACAGAGGUGGAGAACGUUAGGAUGGAGAUGUUCAGAGAUGUACGAGUCUCUCUGUGUGGUUCUGCCCCCCCCCCAAUACUGUGUAUACUCUAUGGUGUAUACUUGAUGGUGUGUACUCUGUGUGUACUUUGUGUACUCUGUGUGUUUUUGAAGACACUGCCCUGAUGCUGCUGCAGCUGAUGUGUGUAAAUGUGUAUACUUCGUGUGUACUCUGUGGUGUAUACUCUAUGGUGUAUACUCUGUGGUGUGUACUCUGUGGUGUAUACUCUGUGUACUCUGUGUGUUAUGAAGAAGACGACGCUGCCCUGCUGCUGCAGCUGAUGUGUGUAAACGCGUGUGAAGACGUUCUCUUUGUUAGCUCGGUGUUCCCCUCAGGCUGGUUCUGUUCGGUAAUUAGACUUGGAUUUAAAACGGUGAAAUGAUUGUUUCCAGACUCCGACACGCAGACUAGAGUGAGUACAUUUAAAUACAAAGAGCAUAAUUUGAUUCACAUGACUCUGUGUGAACUGAACGCUGAAUAUUUCACUUUUUUUCUUCUUCUUCUUCUAGAUUUCUGGUCUUGGCAGCAGAGCGGACUGAACCCUGCGAACACCAGAACCACCGGCGGGUCUGCAGCCGGGCUCUGCUGCACAGAGAGGAAAGUUUCUCGACACUCCGGAUGAAUGGAAGGGGAAGAGUUCAGCAAAAUCUACUUUUGCUUAAAUCCUAUUCAUCUGCUGGGCACAAGGCCGGGUAAGCUGCUCCCCUGGCACCGGGUCUGUCUGAGGGGCCGUGUGGGGCCUCCGGAGCUUUAUCUCUCCUCCCUGUGCUCCUCGGGAUAAACGGCUCCACAUGGAGCCCUAAUCCCCCUCUUCACCCGCUCCGUUUUCCCUUCCUCCCCUCACAUCCCUGCUUCCUUUUUUAGGCCUCCUUUCUUCUCUCCUUCUUCCCUCUCUCCUUCUCUCCUUUCUCUCCCCAGUGUGAGUCGACUCCUCCUCUCACAGGAGGACUUGUUAAACCCCGUCCUCAGCCUCGGCCCGCUCUGCUGUUGUGCAGAACGUGUUAAUUUUAUGACACUGACGGCGGCAGUAAAAGCAAAGCCGCGGCUAAUUAUCCGGCGGUGUGAGGUGAGUGGCAAAGAGUGGGCACGCCAACGCUCGAGGUGCCUUAAUCAUUGUUUACGAGAGCGCUCAGCGGGGUUUUUGGCCGGCGCUCGCUUCUCUCCACCUUCCUCUGCGGUCCUGAACCUGCAGUUUGUCGGGACGGACGCAGCGGCGAGCGGCGAGCUCCUGGAAACAAAAGCGAUUUAUGUGGAAAAAAAGAUCUUUGAUUGA